UUCAUCAAUGCCCAGGGUUUAUUUACUGUUUGUGUGGCUAUAUUAAUUGCUCUUUUGUCGUUUCCCCAUUUAAGCCUGAGCCAAUCCCAACACAACAUGCAUCUAUACACUCUCCAAAACUAGGUAUUUAUACACCUUCAAUCUCAGAUUAGGUUGAUAAUCUGGAUUAGUGUUUGAUUAACUAAGCAUAAUCUGCUUGUAGAGUUGUAUAACUUGUAAUUCACCCCACAACAAGAGAGAGAGAGAAGGCUUCUUGCCUUCUUACCUUCUUCCUCUCUCUAUUUAUCAGAUCAGGCAGUCUUCAUCCAAACCAAAUUCAGCCUGCUUUCUGUUUCCUCUCUCCCCCUCUCUGUUUCUUGCUGGGAAUAACAUAUUUCAUAUUUGAUCUGUUCUUCUUCUGGAAAUGUCAAUGUUCUAGUCUUCUUCUCUCUUCUUGGGUUGAAAAGUUGUUGCUUUUGGAGUUUGAUCUUCCUUUAUUGUAUCCUCAGUGCAAAAUAGUGGGAAAUAUCCUUCUUUCAGAGCCACCCAAAGCCUGCAAAUGUGAUACACAGUAAACCCCAGAACUUGGCUUAAAGAUUGAUUUUUUAUUGUGACCCAUAUCGGUGGAUCGCUUAAAGAUUGAAGCUUUUUGGUGUUUUGGAGGUGGGGAAUUGGGGAAAUGCAAGACCCAUCGAUAUACACGCAGAUCAAGCCGCAGUUCCCGGAGCAAGAGCACCUGAAAUGUCCCCGCUGCGACUCCAUGAACACCAAGUUCUGCUACUACAACAACUACAACCUCUCGCAGCCGCGCCACUUCUGCAAGAACUGCCGCCGCUACUGGACCAAAGGCGGCGCUCUCCGGAACAUCCCCGUCGGCGGCGGCUCCCGGAAGAACGCCAAGCGCUCUUCGCCGUCGUCGUCUUCUUCUUCUAAGCGUUCCUCGGCGGCGGCGGCGGCGGAGUCUUCGCCUCCGCCGCAGCAGCUCCCUCUUCCGCCGCCGCGGGAGGCCGUGCAACUGCCGAAGUCGGAGGCGUACGGGAUGGCUGACCUUCCGCCUUUCAAUAUGAAUGCCAGUUUCACCUCGCUUUUGACGGCGACGAGCGGAGGGCAGUUUGGGAAUUUCCUUGACGGGUCGGAUUUGCAGCUGGGCGAGUUCCCCGGGAACCCGACCCAGAACCCCGCACCCGGGUCGGGCCCGAAUGGUGCGGCCCGGAUGGGAAUGGGUUUUCAGAAUGUGAAUAAUACAGAGGGAUUCUUGGGCGGUGUUCAAUCGGACGGUGGAGAUUCGCCCAACGGUUGGACCGGAGUUAACAAUGACUGGCCUGAUCUUGCCAUGUACACACCAGAUUCCAACUUCCAGUAAUUAAUUUCAGACAGACAGAGAGAGAUUUAUACUUUAAAAGUAAAAUUAUUAAGUAUUGGAAGAGAGAUUUAUUUGCUAAUUUUGUGGGAUUAUUUAUUUUAAAUCACUUUGUAAGGAUUUGGUGUGCAUGAGUAGAGUUUACAUACAACAUUGUGUGUGCUUUAGGGGCUUCUUUUAUGUAUUUGAUGCUGAAAAAAAGAAUGAUAUGCCAUGAUUUCUUUUACCCUUGUAGAGCA